AUGGAACAAUUUAUAAUUAUGGUGAGACAAUUGCCUUGUUUGUGGGACAUGGAAUGUCGGGAGUACAGAGAUAUGAGAAAGAAACACGCAGCUUGGAAACGAAUCGUACAGGAAUUAAAAUCUAAGGAUAUUCCUGACAUUAGAACUGCAAAAGCAGAGUGGAAAAAACUUCGGGACAGCCAUAGAGAUUCUUUGAAAAGAGCAAAGGCACUUGGCCCCCAUGGGGCACAAGAAGUGGAUUUUCCAAAAGUCAAUAAAUGGAAGUAUGCAGAACAUAUGGAGUUCCUUGUACCAUACAUGAAAACUCGUAAAAGAGGGCGAAAUUUAGCUGGUUUAAUUGAUGAUGAGAGAGAAGACUUAUCGCCUUCUCCGUCAGAUUCAUUUCUAGUAGUACCUUCAACUUCAAACGAUGACAGUAUUACUUUUAGUCCUGAGUCGAAUACACAGAAUAAUGUUGACACAACGCAAGAGAUUGACCACAAAUAUAGAAAAAGAAAAAUAGAUGAUGAAUUUGGUGAAAUCAUGAUUGAUAUGGAGGAUAGAAGCAGAUAUACAGGCCGAAGCAAUCAUCCAUUAGAUUCUUUCUUUGAGAGCAUGUGUGAAACAACAAAACAGUUUCCGACUUGGUUGCAGUAUAGUGUGAAAAGAAAAAUAUUUAAUGUCAUAUCUGAAGCAGAAGACACAUUUGAAAGCUACAAGUCGCGGGAACCGAUCUUUUGA